CUUUUUGAACCCUCGUCCCCCAGACACAAAAAAGGGCUGACGGUCCCUUUCUUCUCCCCUCUUCUGUCAACCUUUCACCGUCUACGACUUGACCCAUCGACAUCGAAAGCGACGCGAGUGUACCCCCGAGUCGCCAUGUCCUCCACUGCGACGGCUGCAGCGGCUGCCGCCACGGGCGCAAAGCCUCAGGGCGGAAUCAUCGAAGGCCUCAAUCCGAUCCACUACAAUCCGAAAGACCCCAUCUCGCUCUUCAUCGUGCAGGCCAUCAUCAUCGUCGUUUUCUGCCGCCUGCUGCAAUGGCCCCUCUCCAAGUUCGGCCAGCCGCGUGUCAUCUCAGAAGUCAUCGGUGGCAUCGUCCUCGGUCCGUCUGUGAUGAUGCGCAUCCCUGGCUUCAAGGAGAACAUCUUCCCCACCGAGUCCAUGCCCGUCCUCAGCAAUGUCGCCACCAUCGGUCUCUUGCUCUUCCUCUUCCUCGUCGGUCUCGAAGUCGAUACGCGCAUGUUCAAGUCCAAUUGGCGCGUCGCUGUCAGUGUCGGCCUCGCUAGUAUGAUGCUGCCCUUUGGUCUUGGUGUUGCUGUUGCCUGGGGCUUGUAUGAAGAAUAUGGCGACGAGGGAACCAUGAAGGAUAUGGAGUUCGGCACCUUUGCUCUCUUCAUCGGAACUGCACUCGCCAUUACCGCGUUCCCUGUCCUCUGCCGUAUUCUUUCUGAGCUUCAAAUCCUCGGAACUUCGGUCGGUGUCACUGUACUUGCUGCGGGCAUCGGCAAUGAUGUUGUUGGCUGGGUUCUUCUCGCUCUGAGUGUCGCUCUCGUCAACAACGCCAAUGGCCUCACAGCGCUCUAUGUGUUUUUGACUGCAGUGGCUUGGGUCCUCUUCCUCGUUUAUGCUGUUCGCCCUGUCUUUCUUUGGGUUUUGCGCCGCACCGACAGUAUCCAGAACGGUCCGUCCCAAGGCAUCACGACAUUGACUCUCCUUCUUGUUUUGGCCUCGUCUUGGUUCACUGCCGCCAUCGGCGUCCAUGCCAUUUUCGGUGCUUUCCUCGUCGGUCUCAUUUGUCCUCACGACGGUGGUUUUGCCAUCAAGUUGACCGAAAAGAUUGAAGAUCUUGUCGGUUCUAUACUUCUGCCGCUUUAUUUUGCCCUCUCUGGUCUCAAUACCGAUCUUGGCUUGCUCAAUGAUGGUACUACCUGGGGCUAUGUCGUUGCCAUCAUUGCAUGUGCCUUCUUUGGCAAAAUCAUCGCCGGUACACUUGCCGCCCGUCUCACCAAAUGUCUUUGGCGAGAAAGUUUCACUAUCGGUGCCUUGAUGAGUUGCAAAGGUCUUGUAGAGCUCAUCGUGCUGAACAUUGGUCUUCAAGCCGGCAUUCUCUCCCGUCGAACCUUUACCAUGUUCGUCGUCAUGGCAGUAGUUACCACCGUGACAACCUCCCCGCUCACCAGAUGGCUCUACCCUGUCUGGUAUCGCCAGAAGGUCGAGAAGUGGCGCCGAGGAGAAAUUGACUGGGAUGGAAACCCUCUCCAGACUGAAGCUCAAACUUCGGAGCACAAGAUGGAAGAGGCUCUCGACAAGUCUCAAACUCAUCGCCUCAUUCUUCAUCUCCGCCUCGACGCCCUUCCUGGACUCUUCAAUCUAGUAUCGCUUCUCGGAGGGUCUCGAAAGACUACCCAUGCACUUGCAGACUCAAGCAUCGAGGCCGUCGACUCCACUUCUGGGGAGAAGACCCAGCCAAUUCCCAAUCGCCCUCUCGAAGUUCGUGGCGUACGUCUCAUGGAGUUGACAGAUCGUACAUCCUCAGUCAUGCAGUCUGCCGACCUUGAUGAAUUCGCUUCCCGUGAUGCUGUCUUCUCCGCGUUCCAGACCUUCUCUCGCCUCAACGGUGUAGCUGUUGCUGGCCAGGUCUCCAUCAUUCCUACCAACGCUUACGCAGAGACCAUUGUCAAGUAUGCCGAGGAAGCCAGAUCUGACUUUAUGCUCAUUCCCUGGAGUACCUACGGAGGUCUGGCCGAGGAGAGUUCUGCUGCUGCUGCUGCCUUGACCGAGACCGGUAACCCCAACGACCGCUUCUUUAGCAGAACGUACAUCGACUACGUCGCCGCCGCUGUUCAACGUUCGACCUGCACGACCGGUAUCUUUAUCAAUCGCAAUCCUCACAGCGAUGCUUUGUCCAAGAAGCCAACUCUGACCCGAACCCGCACUGGUCUGUCAGUUCACAGCGCCCACGAUGGCGCUAUCAUCCAGAGGCCUGUCGACCAGCGCCAGAGCAUCUUUGUGCCCUUCAUCGGCGGCAAAGACGACCGCGCCGCUCUCCUCUUCGCCCUUCAACUUGCUCACAACCCUCAUGUCUCAAUCCACGUCAUCCAUCUUCACUUCAACGAAGACGAACAUGAUGCUCACAUGACCCCCGAUGGCAAGAAUAUCGACAGCGUCCCAUCGGCCAGCGACUUGGAUCUCCUCAAUACCGCUAAGAACAACGCCUCCGGCAAGCUUGAGGGCCGUGUGGCCUUUGUCGAGAUCUCCGUUGACUCAGUACGCAACCUUCCUGACCUCGCCGUCGCUCACGCUCGCGAGACCGUUGGCAAGUCUCGUCUGAGCGUUGGCGAUUUGAUCGUCGUUGGUCGUGCGCACUCUGUCUUCGGCAAUCUUCUCGCUGAGGACUUUGGUGUUGAGAGGGACUUUCAACGAACGGUUGGUGUGUUGGGCGAUAGGUUUGCUAGAGCUGGAAUUGAUGCUGGACUGUUGGUCAUUGAUGAUAAGCAGGGCAACAUCUAGGCUUUGGAUAGAGACUGAGAUUUGGUUUGUUAUCAUUUGGCAUUUGAGAUUGGAUGUUGGAUGAGAAUUAUCGUAUUGGAUUUGUUAUUAAGAUAUACCAUAUUUGGGCGGUGUUGGAUACGAUUUAUGAAUACAUACUUUUUUCUUCUUGAGCUGCUUGUUUGAGUAUAAGAUGUCGUGGAGUUUUAUAUGGUCUGUUGAUCUGGGGUACCGAUAUGGACACGAAUUUCUUGGAUAUUUUGAUACAUCUGAGACUUGAUGAAGAUGUCACCCAGUCGC